AUGCCUCCUAAAAAAAUUUUAACAAAAAGAAAUAAUUUGAAAGCUGCUAGAAAUGACAAGGAACCCAUCAAAGAAAAAAAAUCAAAUCAAAUACAAUCUUUUAAUAAAUUAAAAAAUAUAAAGAAUAAUUUAGUAGCCUAUAAUGUGAUAUCAUUAUUUGAUAGGGAGUUUUUAUAUACGAAAAAACUCUUUACUACAUUCCCAGAUGAAAUGAAAACAUUUAUGCAAAGAUGGAAUGAGGCAAGACAUUUUACAUAUCAAAUAAAGGCUGAAAGAUCAAUUAAUGAAACAAUCAAAUUAAAUAAUUUUAAAGCAAAGUCAUUGGUUAACAAGUAUCAUAAAAUCAUAAAAAAGUAUCUGGAUAAUGCUGAUCUUGUCAUUGAUCUUCAACCUAUUCUCACAGAAUUGUAUGAAAAAGCCCCUUUUACAAAUUAUGUACAUAAAAAUGACUAUGAAUCACUUUGGUGCCAAAGAAUUUAUGUUAUUUUGUAG